AUGCGUAUCCAGCGUCGCUCCAUGACCUCGUUCUACUCAUACUUCCCCAAGACUCUGCCGGAUGGUGCGCCUCCUAAGGGCAAGUUCGAGCUGGACCCCCGAGCUCUGCGAAAUGAGUUCCUGAGACUACAGAGCCAGUACCAUCCCGAUAAACUGCGUCAGCUGACCGAGGAACAGCGACAGGGCAUGUCCAUGGAGGAGCUGGAGCAACGAUCAGCCGACCUGAACAAGGCGUACAAGGCUCUAUGCGAUCCUCUGCAGCGAGCCAUUCACAUUCUCCAGAACCGAGGCAUUGACGUUGACGAAGAUAAGAAGGACGAGGAAGAUAUUAGCUCUGGUCCUCCAAAGGGUGUGGAGGAUAUGGAGGCCCUCAUGGAGAUCAUGGAGGUGCAUGAGGCCAUUGAGGAGGCUACCGAACAGUCCCAGAUUGAAUCACUCAAGGAAGAGAACGCUAAGCGGAUUGAGGCCUCGAUAAAGGAACUCACCAGCGCAUUUGCUAGUGAUGAUCUUGACAAGGCCAAGGCUGCUACUAUUCUGUUGCGAUACUGGACCAACAUCCACAGUGCUUUAGAUCAGUGGGAAGCAGGCAAGUUCAACCCUGUGAACCAUUAG